ACUUGAGCUUCACCUUGUUGGUGGUUUUCUUGACAGCAGGGGUUAUUCCGAAGACUUGGCUGUCCGGUUAAUAUAUUCGUUUAACAAACAACCGGUUAGUGUACAUUUAGUCACAGCAUGCAUUACUGAAUUGAAUAAUUCUUUAAGGGGGAUUAUCAACUGGCCAGUCGUUUAUGGAAUUGGAGUGAAUGUAAAAAGUGGGGAAAUAUUUCCAGCAACUUUUCCUGACAAAGGUCCCGAUAUGCCUGUGAGGUUAACGAGGUAUUUCACAAGCUCUUAUGAGGUCAGAUAUUCAACAUGA